AUGAUCUUGAGAUGGACAGUACCGUCUCUUGUGUGUUUUCUGGUUCUUGGAAAUACAGGUGUAUCGAUUGGAGAACGCCACCCGAGAACUGUAAUUUUCACCAGGUCGCUUGAAGAUGAACAGACCCUCAAUUCUCGGUCUAAACGGGACGCCUUGUCACUCAGAUCCAACCUCACGUCUUGUAAAACUUCCCCGAGUGCUGAAGAUCACAAGGUUCUGGAAGGGAAUACACACGAGACAGGGUUUCAUGGAGAUGAUGGCUCCAGUUUUACUCUUACAUGGGUAGGCGAUGGAACAGGGGUCAUUUUAGUACUGUCCACAAUCAGUGCUCCGCUUGAGUCUUUUUAUGAAGGUGGUUCUACUCGACUUUACAGGAGUAAUGACUAUGGAAAAUCAUUUCAUGAUAUCUCCCAUGCCAUUAACAGUUCCUUCAUAAGAAAGGACUUUGGAAUAUGUGUAGGUCCUGGGAAUUCACAGCAGGUGAUUUUGACAGCUGAGCUGCCCAUUACCAAAGGCCUAGGAGGAUUGAUAUUUACCUCUGUGGACUCAGGGGUGACAUUCAGAUCAGUGCAGCUGCCAUUUCACCCAUAUCAGCCCAUUUCCUUUCAUCUCCACAACCCAGACUGCCUGUUGGUCAUCAGCACAGAUGGGGGUCUAUGGCUUUCACAGGACUUUGGCAACAACUGGUCUAAAAUCCAUGAAAGAGUUUACUCUUUUAUGUGGGGGUCUGGCAUUACAUUAUUUCUCAGUUAUAGCCCUACUAACACAGUGGAGGCAGGUCAAAGAGGAGAACUUCAUCUGAGACGAACACAGGACCUGGGCCUGACCUUCACUACCAUUGCAAAAAACAUCUUUUCUUUUGGCUACAUUGGAGAGUUCUUAUUUAUCUCAGUCAUGGAAAAAACGGGUUUUCGUAGGGUUAUCUAUGUGUCUUCCAACCAGGGCAAUGAGUUUAACAAAGCCUUGCUUCCAUCCGCCACAACAGAACAGUUCUACUCAGUUUUGGAUGGUGAUGAAGACAUGAUCUUCAUGCAUGUGGACAGCCCUGGAGAUGAGACGUAUUUUGGAACAGUAUAUACAUCUGAUGAGCGUGGCAUCCUGUACUCCAAGUCGCUAGAGCGCCACCUAUUUGGUGCAGAAAGGAAGAGUGACUUCACAAAUGUAACUUCACUGAGAGGAGUAUAUCUAACAAACAUUCUAGACGAGGAAGGACAGAUUUGCACAGUCAUAACAUUCAACAAGGGUGGAAAGUGGAGACCACUAAAAAAGCCAAAAAAUGUUGACUGUCGAACAGAUGUGAAAAUGUGUAACCUGCACAUUCAUGGAGAGCACAGCCACUACAGCGGCAUUUCUCCCAUGAUCCCUUUGUCUGACCCUUCUGCUGUUGGUCUUAUCAUUGCACAUGGCAGUGUUGGAGACUCCAUUUCAGCAUCUAAGCCAGAUGUUUACGUGUCCUCAGAUGGAGGCUACAACUGGAUAUUUGCACUGAGGGGACCACAUCAUUACAGCAUACUGGAUUCAGGAGGACUGAUCGUGGCUGUGGAAGUUCACAGAGGCCGACAGGUUAACUCUAUAAAAUUUUCCACAGAUGAGGGGCAGUGUUGGAAGACUUACAAUUUUACAAAGCAGCCUAUCUUUUUUGCUGGCCUGGCGUCUGAGCCUGGCGCUAAGUCCCUAAACAUUAGUGUGUUUGGUUACCGGCCUGAUGACGAUGAUCAGCCCAUGUGGGUAGCAGUCACCAUAGACUUUGAGCAGCUUUUAAUAAAAAAGUGUAAUAAGCAAGAUUAUGUGAAGUGGCUGACCCAUUCUGAUGAAGAAGGAAAAGUCUCAGAUACAGAUGGAUGUGUAUUAGGCUAUAAGGAAACGUUUUGGAGACUGAGAAAGAUGUCUGUCUGCAAGAAUGGACGUGACUAUAUGAUCAGCAAACAACAAAGUCAAUGUCCCUGUACGAGAGAAGAUUACAUGUGUGAUUUUGGUUACUACCGGCAUGAAAACACCUCUGAAUGUGUAAAACAGCCUGACUUCACAGACCAAACGCUGGAGCUCUGUGUAAAUGGGGAAUUAGAGAAGCUUCAGACCACAGGGUAUCGUAAAAUACCCAGUGAUAAAUGUGAGGGUGGAUUUAGCCCUCUGCGUCAAAUGGAUUCUUCCAAAACGCAUUGUGGGAAAAGUAGUCAAGCUUCCACUAAAAGCCCAAACUCUAACAAAACAAAAAAGAUGUGGCUGCAGAUUGUAAUAGGUGUUAGUCUGGGGACUGUAGCUCUGGCUGUCAUUGCAGCAGCCACUAUUACAUUCCAAAGGAUGAACCACAGACAAAGGCCGAUCUCGUACCGUUUCUCUGCUCUUCAGAUUCAGGAGGAUGAGCAUAGUGCUGAAAGUGCACCAAGCAGUAACAGAGCCAGCUACCAAGAAGAUUCAGAUGACGAUCUCAUUGACUGAGGAGCUUUCAAGUUCAAAGUCAUCAAUGUGACAAAUGAUUGUGAAGAUAUGCUGAUAGUUAUUAAACUAGAUGUUUGAGUCAUUAUUAACAGUAAAGUGAUGAAAGAAACUACUGCAACAAUAAGCCACAUUAUUUAUUUAACAUUGAAUCAUUUGUUUUAUUUUGGUAAAGCAUCAUUAUACAAAGAUCACUGGAUGGAAUAUAAACAUGACUAUAAUAUCCUUUUUUUCCACACACAAUGAUUUGGAUCCUGUAAUUUACUGCCUUUAAAGACACUGCUGGAGAUGUUAUAGUGAAUAUGUGCUUGUGGAAAAACAAACUUGUGCUGCACCUAAAUGUAAAUAAA